CUUGAGACGGGCCUAUCAAUGUCUAUGGUACGGGCACAGUGUUAUGAUGGAGCGUCAAGCAUGUGCGGGAAGCACUCAGGUUUAGCUACCAGGCUUCAGGAGGUCGAGAAGAAAGCUGGAUAUGUGCAUUGCCAUGCCCACAGAUUGAACCUCAGUCUUCAAAACAGCUGCGAGAACGUUACAGAUGUGCGAAACGUUCUAGGUGCUGUUUCCAGUCUCUAUAAUUUACUUGAAGGAUCAGCCAAGAGACAUGAAAAGUUUCAAGAUGUGCAACGAAGACAGAACGAAGGAAAGGGCCCGCAAGCAGUACUCCAACGACCAUGUCAUACUAGGUGGGGUUCCAGGCACGCAGCAGUCCAUACUGUUAGGCAACAGUUUGCAUCAAUUCUGAUUGCUCUGGACGAACUCUCUGACGAUGCUGCGAUCGGAAGUGAAGCUCACUGUUUACUGACUGUUGUAUCUUCAUUCAAUUUUCUCUUCUAUGUGUCCGUUCUAGACACUCUACUAGGAUUAAUCUCUCAUCUAUCCCAGUACCUGCAGGGAGAGAACGUAGAUCUUCAGGCAGCAAAAAGAUCAGCUGAUAGCGUCAUUGCUACUCUACAAAGUUUCAGAACAAAUGAAAGUUUUGAGAAUUUCUGGCAGUCAUCGGAGAAAGAGAGUAAAGCAAAAAACCUGACUCCACCAGCUCUCCUUCGAGCUCGUCGACCUUCUCACCGAAUUGACGAACGAAGCACGACCCAAUAUCAGCCACUGUCACCAAAAGAACGUUAUCGACAAGCAUAUUAUGAAUUAUUGGAUAUCAUGGUAUCAGACCUAACUCGACGCUUUUGUAGCAAAGAUUACCGUGUGUUCUGUGGAAUUGAGAAGUUGUUGUCCGAGUCAGUCUCGUUAUCGGCGCCAGAUCAGUCGCUUGUGAGUGAGAUAUUACACUUUUACACAGGUGACUUUGACAACACUCAGUUCACGUCUGAAAUAAGAGUAUUUUACAAUUAUUCUAAACUGCACUUUUCUAAAGACGUUGUGGAGACCGGCAACAUAGGUGCUCUUGCUCGUCAGUUUGUUUCUCUCCGUUGCACAGAAUUGUUUCCCCAAGUCUUCAAACUGUUCAAGUUGUUUCUCUGCAUUCCUGCUACAUCUUCAACUGCAGAGCGGUCGUUUUCUGCUCUAAGGCGACUAAAAUCAUGGCUGCGAACUAGGAUGGCUGACGAGCGCCUCCGGUCCCUUGCUCUGAUGUGCUUCGAAUGCGACAUUGCUAAGGAACUGGAGAGUAAUAUUGAUGAUCUUGUUUCACAAUUUGGUGCUCUUUGUGACAGACGUCUUCCUCUACAAUAGUUAGUAAACUUUUUGUAAUGUUGAUAUUAAAAAGAAUUUAAUAUAUAUGACGCCAUGAAUUACGUCACAUAUCUCAGCUUCAAAUUUGCGCCCCCCCACUUUUGG